CUUCCCUGAAACCUCCAGGCUCCAGUGUGGAGCUGCUGGAUGUGACUUCUAGUCCCCCCGGGAGCCUCUCAGGCGGCCCUCCUCCUCCUCUGCAUUCCUGAAAUGUGCAAAGACACUCUAAGCGAUGGCAGCCCGGAAGAUGCUUGUGCUUUAUGGCAGCCAGACAGGAACUGCCCAGGAUGCCGCCGAGAGGGUUGGCCGAGAAGCCAAACGAUGCCAUUUCCACUGUAAGGUUGAGGCCCUGGACGAUUACCAGGUGGCAAACCUGAUUCAUGAGCCGCUGGUGAUCUUUGUUUGUGCAACCACAGGACAAGGAGACCCUCCAGAUAAUAUGAAGAAUUUCUGGAAGUUUAUAUUCCGGAAGAACUUGCCUCCCACUUCCCUGUGCCAGAUGGACUACGCUGUUCUGGGGCUUGGGGAUUCCUCAUAUCCCAAGUUCAACUUCAUUGCCAAAAAACUGCACAGGCGGCUUCUUCAGCUUGGAGGCAACCCCCUUGCGCCUGCUGCCCUGGGUGAUGACCAGCAUGACUUGGGACCGGAUGCCGCCAUCGACCCCUGGCUUUUGAGUUUAUGGGAAAAGAUCUUAGCUCUAUAUCCUCUUCCUCCCGGCCUCUGUGUGAUUAGCCCCGAUGUUUUGUUACCACCCAAGUACACCUUUCAGUUCCUGGAUGAGGCCUCUGGUGACCUCCGCAGGGCGGCGCUACAACCGGAAGGUGCCUUGAGCGAUGUUCCAUCAGAAAGGAAUCCUUUCUGUGCCCGGAUGGUUUCCAACGAGAGGGUGACCUCCGAAUCCCAUUUCCAAGACGUCCGUCUUCUUGAAUUUGAUAUCACCGGCUCUGGGAUCGAAUACGCUGCAGGUGAUGUUGUGAUGAUCCAGCCACAGAACGACGCUGAGGAGGUGCGGCAUUUCUGUGAUCUCCUUCGCCUGGACCCAGAUGCCUGCUUCACCUUGACGCCAACAGAGGCAGGUACGCCUCUCCCCGCUCACCUGCCCCAGCCGUGCACUGUCCGUUACCUGGCGACCCAUUACCUUGACAUAACGUGCGUCCCUCGUCGCUCCUUCUUCGAGUUCCUCUCCCACUUCUCUCCAAAUGACCUGGAGCGAAGUAAGCUGCAGGAGUUCAGCUCAGCCCAAGGCCAGGAGGAGCGUUUCGCUUACUGCAACCGGCCCCGCAGGACCGUACUUGAGGUCCUCUGCGACUUCCCCCACACAACGUGUGCCAUUCCCUGGAAUUACCUGCCAGACCUCAUUCCACCAGUCAGGCCCCGGGCCUUUUCCAUCGCUUCCUCAAUGCUAAUGCAUCCCAGCCGGAUUCAGAUCCUCCUGGCUGUGGUGCGAUACAAGACCUCCCUCAGUAAAGCUCGGCGGGGCCUGUGUUCCACCUGGCUGGCCUCUCUCAACCCACAGAACGAGGUGGUGCUGGUUCCUCUGUGGGUGAAGAAAGGGACCCUGAGAUUCCCGGGGGAACCAGCCACUCCGGCAGUCAUGAUCGGGCCCGGCACUGGCGUGGCGGUUUUUAGAGCGGCAAUACAGGAGCGAGUGGCCCAGGGCAAAACAGGAGGGAACUGCCUGUUCUUCGGUUGCCGAAACAGAGCCGGAGACUUUUACUGCCAGGCGGAGUGGGAAGAACUGGUGAAGAAGGGCCUCCUGGUGCUCUUUGUGGCCUUCUCCCGGGAUCAGGAAGAGAAAAUUUAUGUCCAGCACCGUAUCAGAGAGAAGGCGGCGCUCGUGUGGGAACUGGUGAAGCACAAGGAGGCCCACAUCUACUUAUCUGGAAAUGCCAAGCAGAUGCCAGAGGACGUGGCAGAAGCCCUGAAGUUUGUUUUCCAGUCGGAAGGAGGCCUCUCUGCUGCAGAAGCGGAGGAAUAUCUUGCCCUCUUGGCACAAACGCGCCGCUUCCAAGCUGAGACCUGGUCUUGAACUGCCAAGGAAUCUGGGACGGCUGGGGAAGCUUAUCGCCAAGGACCAAAUUGCUGUAGCGGGUGCGGUGAUCACCACCAAUAAACCAAGCCAGGCCAUUGGAGACUA